UCUGCAUGUGUCAGCUGGGAUUUAUCAGCCAAAUCAGCGAAGUGAUUUUUUUUUUUUGCGUAUUUUAAAACUUUGUAGACCAGUUUUCUUACCCGACGGCUCGCAUUUAACUGCUGUAAUCCAUAAACUAAAUAAACCAUGUCCGGAUUAGAGAAUUCAUCCAAACAAAGUAAACGAAACUGAAAAUUUUGACGGUGUUAAGCUUCGCUUGUCAGUGACAGUGAAAAUGGGAAAGAAAAGGGGGAAGGACAAGAGUUCCAGAGAGGAUGAUGACAUUGACCUGACAGGUCCCUCCUGUAGACAUAUUAAAAAGGGAACAGACCAAACUCUUCUAAAGAAACUUUAUGGGAAUUCUGAUUGGACUAGUUGCCAAGAUUGUAAGCAUGAAGAAAAUAAAGAAAAUAACAGCACCACCCUGCCACAGGACUCUGAAGAGGAAGAAGAAACAGCAGCCAUAUGGAUGUGCUUAAAAUGUGGCCAUAGAGGAUGUGGACGAAACACUGAGGACCAACAUGCUAUCAAACACUAUGAGACUCCUCGGUCCGAUCCACAUUGCCUGGUGGUCAGCAUGGACAACUGGAGUGUGUGGUGUUACAUAUGUGAUGAUGAAGUCCAGUACUCGAGAACUGGACAUUUGGCUCAGCUGGUGGCCAACCUAAAAAAGCAAACUUCUGCAGAUCCCAUAAAGAGACCACAGAAGAGAGUGAAAGAAGAAGACAGCUUGUUGGAAGUUGAGCAGAAGACAGAGACCGUAAAAGCAGAGGAAAGUAACGACAAGGAGAACAAAGAAAACAGGGACCAUCAAAAGAGAAGUGCCAAGAAAGAGAGUGUUGGGAAAUCACAGAAGUCCAGCACAACUGAAGACAAAGGUGGUGUUUCAGUAAAGGGGCUUAGCAACCUGGGAAACACAUGUUUCUUCAAUGCAGUCAUUCAGAAUCUCUCUCAAACACAGCUCUUAAGACAGACUCUCAACAAAGUGACAGAAGAGAAGAUGAGUCUUAACAUUAAACCUGAUACCUCCUCAGAUCUGGAGCCUGUUGCAGUGCAGUUAGAUGAGCCCGGAUCCCUGACUUUGGCUAUGUGUCAUCUACUCAAUGAGAUCCAGGAAUCCAAGAAGGGUGUGGUAACACCACAGGAGUUAUUUACACAAGUUUGUAAAAAGGCUGCCAGGUUCAAAGGAUUUCAGCAGCAAGAUAGCCAGGAGUUGCUGCGCUACCUUCUGGAUGGGAUGCGAGCUGAGGAGAUCAAAAGAGUAAGCUCAGGGAUCACGGAGGCAUUGAAACAAUCCAGGAAAAACACAGAUGGAGAGCAGCUGAAAACUUUAGUUAAGGAGUACGAGAAAAAUGGAUUUCCAAAAAACUUUGUCGAUCAAGUUUUUGGUGGGGAAAUGACCAGCACUGUAAUGUGUCAGCAGUGUAAGACGGUUUCCGUUGUCACAGAAAUGUUUUUGGAUCUUUCUCUUCCUGUUUCAGAUGAGGCAUACAGAAAGAAGAACCAGAAAAAGGGAGUUCAGAGAACCAGCGAGUCCAGCCAGGAUGGCAGAAACAGCCCAGCUUUGACCAAUGGAAAUGAUGACAUUCCCACUGGGGCCGGUAGCAAGUACCAGCAGAAGAAAGCCAAGAAGCAGGCAAAGAAGCAAGCAAAGCAUCAAAAGAGGCAGCAGAAAUUUGAGGGCAGAGUCACUUUGAACAGUCUCACAUCUCCGAGCUGCGCAGAGAACGGACAGACGAAUCCCUCUGCAGAUGCAAAUGAAGGGGAAACUGCUGACAGUGAGACACAUGAAGAAGCCCCACUGACUGAAGGAAAUCCUGCACAAGUCAUUGCUGCUGAGCAGGCUGUGAAGGACCUCAACACUGUUCAGGCAGAGAAGGAAAAAGAAGAUGAUGAGGAUUCAGUGAUUGAUGGCGAAUCAUCAGCUACGUCAUCAGUCAGCAACCGUUUUACUGUUUUAUCAGAGGCUCAACACUCAAAUGACAGCAUCUUAGAUGAUGACAAAAUGUCUGACAUGGAACAGGAAACAGAAGAGGACACGCAGCUGGUGAAUGAAAUGGAGAAAGUAACCCUGGAUGAUGCCUUCAUAGCGGACUCUGAUGCUGUGGAACAAUGCGUGGAAACUGAAGAUGAGCCACUGGAGGGUAAAGAGUACACUGUAGUAAAUCAGGACCCAGAGCUGGCCUUCCAUACACUGGCCACCAGAACGGCCCCUGAGAAACAGGAGUGUUCAGUACAGUCAUGCCUGUUUCAGUUCACAGAAGUGGAAACCCUCACACAGAACAACAGCCUGCUGUGUGUCACCUGCACUAAAAGGCAGGGGAACAAAGACAAAGCAAGCGGAUCAAAGAAGAAUAUCUACACUGAUGCCUUGAAGCAAAUGCUGAUCUCCUCUCCCCCACCAGUUCUUACCCUUCAUUUGAAGAGAUUUCAACAGAAUGGAUACAGUAUUUGUAAGGUGAACAGACAUGUCCAGUUCCCCCUGGUACUGGAUCUGGCGCCUUUUUGUGCAGUCAAAUGCAAGAACGUGACAGAGGGAGAUACUCAGAUUUUGUACAGUUUGUACGGUAUCGUAGAGCACAGUGGAACAAUGAGGUCAGGCCAUUACACAGCCUAUGUGAAAGUACGACCUGAGGUCCCCAAACCCUCAUCCAGUGGACUUGCAGUAGAAGGUGAUGCAGAGCCACCCAGAGGAUCCUGGUUCCAUAUCAGUGACACAAGCGUUCAGCCUGUGAGCGAGAGUAAAGUCCAGAGUUGCCAAGCCUACCUCCUCUUCUAUGAAAGGAUCCAGUAAAUCAAACUGUGCCUCACUACUCAGGAAAUCCAAACAGGCCAAACUGCUGCAGCCGCUUCAGCUCUACAGUUGAUCAACCUUGGCCUGUUUUGUCAGUGACUCAGACUGUGCUGUAAUAAAAUUAAACUGAUUAUGUAAACAAGGGACAUUUGACAGUUUUGACAUUUUCAUCACACUAGCGUCAUACAGUGUUCCAAGAAUUUAACAGGACAGCUGGAUCUUUCUCACACUCGUGGGAUUAUGUCAAGGUGUGACGUGAAAGUCAAGAUGAACAGGAAAUAAAUUAAAGUUGGGGGAAAUAACUUGUAAAAGAA